AUGUACGCGUCUCGAACAGUGAAGCCCAAUUCAAUAGAAUACUAUCUCGAAAAACAAGAAGCUGACACUGCUAUUCAGUCUUUAAUACAGAACCAAGCUCAGGAGAACUCAAAAGACUCCCAAUUCAAAUCGACAUCCAAUUCGAAGCAAUUAAAACUUGACUCGAAUGUUUUAAAACCACAGCCCGCACGAACAAAUACAGCUCUAAGAAUAGACCAAAGAAUACCGAACAAAGAGUUGAGGUCAAGAUUGAAAUUACAAUCGGAUGAGUAUUUUUCCCUUAACAACCAGGGAAAUACUCCAUAUAACCGUAUCUACACAAAUACCGUUAAAGAAACAAUAACGGCAUACACAAAACUCUGUCAAUUGGUCCCCAACCAGGACCAAUUGACGGACAUUAUAUGUUCCUACCUUCCCAUAUUUGCUGAGUGUGUGGAAGGUAGGACAUUGUUACAAGCUUGCUUACGUAUGCCACCAAAUCUCCGUCAACAAUUUGCUCAAAUUGUACAUGAAUUUAAAGCUUUUAACAACGGAUACGAUGAAGAUGAAGUAGCAGAUGAAUUUGGGGAAGAAAAAACAUUUUUCCCCUCAUAUAAUACGCCUGCAACAGUAUUUCCUACUAAUGAAUUUCACAACUAUUGUGUCGUUCAUUUAAUUGUUGUGGAUAUGCCCACAGGUGAAGACAUUCUCAGUGGUGACUUCAUCGAAGUCUGUAUCAAUACAGAAUUGGGAGAAGAUGAGUUGCACAAAUUCUCCAACGUCGAACAUAUAUUCAAACCAGCACACCAACUCUUUAUCGAAACUGAAAUAACACUCACACAAAAUAUGUCCAUCUCAUUUAAAUCCAAAUCAGGACGUCCAUACAGAAUUUGGAUGAACUACGUCCUCUCCACUACGCCGACGAUGACGAAGAAGAGGAAGAAGAGGAGGAGGAAGAAGAAGAGUCCUCCGAAUUCACACCAGAAGACUAACAAUUUUCCGAAUAAAAACUUCAUUUAUACUAAACAUCUUCGGGGCUAG